CUUAAUUGCAGACUUGGACUCGGAGACGCAGCCAUGAAAGAUCCGAGUCGCAGCAGUACCAGCCCAAGCAUCAUCAGCGAGGAUGUGAUUAUAAAUGGUCAUUCCCACGAAGACGACAAUCCCUUCGCGGAGUACAUGUGGAUGGAGAACGAAGAGGAGUUUAACAGGCAGAUUGAAGAGGAGUUGUGGGAAGAAGAAUUUAUUGAGCGCUGUUUCCAGGAGAUGCUGGAAGAAGAGGAGGAACAUGAAUGGUUUAUUCCAGCCCGUGAUCUCCCACAAACAAUGGAUCAAAUCCAGGACCAGUUCAAUGACCUUGUUAUCAGUGACAGCUCAUCACUGGAGGAUCUGGUGGUCAAGAGUAACCUGAAUCCAAACGCAAAGGAGUUUGUUCCUGGGGUGAAGUACUUAAAUAUUUGAGUAGACUGGGCCCUCUCUUGGUGGAUGUAGCACAAUUUCCACACUGUGAAGCCAGUAUUAGAAGAUUUAAUUGUAAAAGCUCUCUCUUCUUGUCACUGUGUUACACUUAUGCAUUGCCAAAGUUUUGUUAGUCUUGCAUGCUCAAUAAAAGUGCUGAGACUGUUAUUAAGUAAACCUGUCAAAAGUUUCGUGGAGACAUCCUUGGGCCCUGGCGCUCCGCAAAGGAGGCGGUGAGGUAAGAAGCACCAGUCAAGUUGAGACAAAGUUCCACCUUCCUCAAAUCUUCUGCAGACUCUGUCUUUUUAACCAGGAAUUUGCUAUGAUGGUCUGUUUUUAACUAAUGGUGUGUUAACUGGUGCUGGCUUGCACCUGAUGAUGCCUUAACUUCCAAAUGACAGCGAGGAGAUCUGAUUGUUAUGCAAAUGAGCUAACUUUCCUUUGAAAUACCAGUAUUGUUACUAAUGUUAAUUUUUCCCCUGAGGAAUCUGCGUGCUCCGCCUAAGCAGCAUGAGCUUUAACAGAAAAAUUGACAGACCUGUGCAGAGUCAUAGAUCUCAGCCACCGAGCUGCCAUCCAGGCGAUGGGAAGGAAGAAAUUCCCAGUCCUUUGCGGUGUGGUAUCAUGUUCGAAACGUUCCACUUCCUGAUUAAGCUAAAGGAGAUGGGAGUUUCAUCACAAUUUCUUCCAACAAACCCGGAUACGGACAUAGCGCUGCCUGUGUAACUUUUAGCUGGAUUUAACCAAGAAAACCCUGUCAUUAGUGAUUUGAGUGGUGCUUUUCCCUCGCUUUGUUUAAUCAUCACUACACGAUAGUCUACAGCACAACAACUUCUUUUUUUUUGUUGUUUUCUUUUUUUUUUUUUUUCCUUUUAAUAAAGCUAGAACAGUUUUGGCUUCUUAAACUUCAUAUUCGGGUAGGUUAAGCUGCCAUACGUGUUCAGUGUGAAUAGUGUUUAAGUUGAAAAUAUUGUAAAAAAAUUAUAUUUUUUCAAAAAUAUUUAAAAAAAUAAAUAAUAGUAGAACUGA